CCGAACGCGCGUGCGCACAGGAGCCGCCCGGGGAACGGGGCGCUGUGUGGGCUCUGCUGAACGACGAAAAGCUUCCACUUAGCACCAAUAUGGCCGCUGCCGCCCGCUUCUUGGGUCCGCUGGUAAAAAGCAGCAGGGGCAGUCACGCAAGAAUCCAUAGACUAUGGAAGUGUCAGUCUGGUGCAGCAGCAACAGCAGCAACAACCACAAACACACAAAGAAUAAAACCUCAAGUUCAACCAGAGAGGAGGAAGCCUAAAACUGGAAUAUUAAUGCUAAACAUGGGAGGUCCAGAGACAUUGGGAGAUGUUCAUGACUUCCUAUUGAGGCUUUUCCUGGACAAAGACCUAAUGUCACUUCCUGUACAAAACAAACUGGCCCCAUUCAUCGCCAAGCGUCGCACACCCAAAAUUCAGGAGCAGUACCGUAAGAUUGGAGGUGGUUCACCAAUCAAAAUGUGGACUGCCAAGCAAGGAGAAGGCAUGGUAAAGCUUCUGGAUGAGCUUUCUCCACACACAGCUCCUCACAAAUAUUACAUUGGAUUUCGGUAUGUCCAUCCUUUAACAGAAGAAGCAAUUGAAGAGAUGGAGGAAGAUGGUCUUGAUAGGGCUAUUGCUUUUACACAGUAUCCACAAUACAGCUGCUCUACCACAGGCAGUAGCUUAAAUGCUAUUUAUCGAUACUAUAAUAAAGUUGGGAAGAAACCAAAGAUGAAGUGGAGUACUAUUGACAGAUGGCCAACCCAUCCUCUCUUCAUUCAGUGCUUUGUAGAUCACAUACAAAGAGAACUGGACCAAUUUCCACCAGAGAAGAGAGGAGAUGUGGUCAUUCUUUUCUCUGCACACUCACUGCCAAUGUCUGCAGUCAAUCGAGGUGAUCCUUAUCCACAAGAGGUAGGAGCUACGGUCCAAACAGUAAUGGAGAAGCUGGGAUACUCCAACUCUUACAGACUUGUCUGGCAGUCCAAGGUUGGUCCAAUGCCAUGGUUGGGUCCACAGACAGAUGAAACUAUCAAGGGACUUUGUGAGAGGGGCAGGAAGAAUAUCCUUUUAGUUCCAAUAGCAUUUACCAGUGAUCAUAUUGAAACCUUGUAUGAACUAGACAUCGAGUACUCUCAAAAAUUAGCAAAUGAGUGUGGAGUUGAAAACAUCAGAAGAGCAGAAUCUCUUAAUGGAAAUCCAUUGUUCUCUAAGGCACUGGCUGAUUUGGUUCAUUCACAUAUCAAAUCAAAUGAAAUGUGCUCCAAGCAGUUAACUCUAAGCUGUCCGCUCUGUGUAAAUCCUGUCUGCAGGGAGACAAAAUCCUUCUUCAGUAAUCAACAGCUGUGACACAUGGUCUGAGAAGCCAGUUGGAUUAGUUAGGAAAAACACUUCCGGGGGUGACCCCAAAACACCCCAAAGACCUCACAUUUGGGGGGAAAAUAUUAGAAGAAAUAAAGGAACUAAAUUACGUUGCAAUAUCAACAGAUCUUUGGGUAUGCUUUGCUUGAUAGUAUGUAGAGAAUGAUUCAAAAGAUCCCUCUAG